AUGGAAACAGAUAUUUUAACAGAAAACAAAGAUUACUUAUACGAAGAUGACUUUUUAAAUGAAUUCGCAGGUGACUCAGUGUGGUCAUCUUUAUUAGUUACAAAUGAUGCUACACCAAGUGAAAUCUUAGCAGACGCUGCUCCAGUACUAGUGCCACCUAUAUCACCAAUCUUGAGUGUGAAAUCAUCUCCAAAUGAGAGCAGUAAUUCAGACUCUGGGAGUGAAGAUGACUCAAAAAAUUCUAGCAGCACAUACAUGUGUCAUUCAUCACAGUCUCCUAUUGAUUGGACAACUAUUAUGGAUGAUGAGCCAUCAAGUGACCUGAAGUUAGAAGAUGUGGAGUUAUUCUUACAAAAAUCACAUGACAUAGCUAAUGUUACUCCAAGUGGCAUCCCAACACCGGCUGCAUCUCCAGAUAGGACAGGUCCUGUUAUGGCUAUAGAAAAUGGAGUAAUAAAGGGUGUUAUGAAUGAAAUAGGACUACAUCUUGUUGAUUUACCUUCACAAAAGCAAGUAAAUGGAAACAUAGGUCCUCAAAAUUCAUAUUUCAAAGUAGUUAAUGAAAAUUUCUUAAUUAAUAACAUCAGAAAGAAAGAAGAUGAUCACAAAAUUGUUAAUAACAAUGUAAAAGUGGUUAUGGAGCAAAAGAAAAUUCCAAGUAUAUUAAAAAGAUCUUCAAACUUAUCAACAAAAGCAAAGACCCCCACAAUUAUGAUACCUGCACAGAGUACAAAAGGAGGAAAAAUUGCCAUAUCACCAUUACCACAAUUAAAUCAAAAUGGUGUUUCCCAAUGCAAUGGUUAUCAAUUAGCAAUAUCCCCACCAAAAACCACAGUACUAAGUCCUGAGCAUAUUGCUACACAUAAUGUUACACAUUCCUCUGCCAUUGUUCAAAAUAUUCUAUCACCGAAAGUGGAAGCUGAAACGUCUGAUGGCCUAACUAUGAUAGACGUGUCACAUCUUAGUGAAGCUGAAAUUAGGGCUAUAAAGAAACAACAAAGGAUGAUUAAAAAUCGUGAAUCAGCAUGUCAGUCAAGGCAAAAAAAAAAAGAGUAUGUAACUGCUUUAGAGCAACAAUUGCUAGAAGCACACCAAGAAAUUGCCAAACUACGGCUUGAGAACAGACUUUUACGUGAUCAACUUGAGAACAACGGGCGCACACGAAAGAUACCACGAAUAGACGCAUCCAUCCUUAUACCUAAGAAAAACAUAGCAGUAAUUUUUGCUAUGGUUUUCAUGGUGUCCAUGAAUUGGAAUGUUUUGGGAUGGAAUUCCAAACCAUUCGUUGGACCUUCAGGGCCACAUCAGAACACAAGGCAUUUGUUAUGGUCUGAAGACAACAGCGAAAGUAUAUUAUCACGUGAUUCAAAUGAAAACAGUACCUAUGGCACAGAUUGUCAUAAUGUAACCACAAAGCCCGAAUUUGCUAAUAUUAAUCACACUGAAAGCAUAAGGAUAGCAAGGGAGCUCAACCAUUGGAUUGGCGGCGGAAAAACUCUGAACUGGACUUAUGAUACACCAAGAAAAAAACGUCGAGUUUAUUUAAAUGAAGACAAAAUAGCUGGUGACUUCCUUGAGACGUACAAGUUAUUCAACAAAUUGAAUUUAGAUAACAAUGUCCUAGAUUUCAUAAGUGCAAAAGCUCAAGGGCGAAAUGUGAGGGAGAAAGCACGUCAUCGAAGGUUAAGACGGAGUAGAGAGAUAGAUUUUGAAGAUAAUGCUGUGAUAGAUUAUGAGACCCUUUACAGUAAACCGAGAAGGAAAAGUGUUAAGGAUUUCGGUAUAAAUGAUUUGAGUGAAUGGAAUGAUUUACUGCAAGCUCUGCACAGAAGGAAUGACACGUUCUACGUAGUGGGUGUUGGCAAAGGUGAACACUUGCUGUUACCUGCUGUAUCGCAUAAUGUCACCAGACCACCACGAAUGGCUUUAAUUUUGCCCGCAAGGACAAGCAAUGAUUCUCUCAUGGCAGAUCAUGUUACUCUGAUGCAAAUUGAUUGCUCUGUUGUGAACACAACACUAGUCAAACUGAAAUCUGAAACAUUGCCGGAAAGUUUGAGAAAACAGGUCGACAAUGACUCUAAAUCUUCAGAAUAUGAACCAACUAUGGAUCUCAGAGGUGGAAAUAAUAUCAAAAAGACCAGCAAACGCCCAACUGAUGAAAAUCUAGCUAAUGGACUUCAUAACACAAGCAGUAUUGCCAAUUCUGCUCCUCUUUUUAAGAAAAACAUGUCUCCAAUGGACAAAGAUAUACCAAAAGAUGAUUCCUUCACACAGUACUUAUUUUCUAAAGUAGAGGAUAAAAGAAAAAUAACAGAUCCAAAAUAA